AUGAAAACAACUAAUUCUGUUCAGUCAACAAUUGGCACAUGUUUUGUUUUGUUCAGUGCCUAUGUCAACAGUCUCUCAUCUAAGAUUGCCUCCACUCCCAAAAGGACACAAAUCCCCCUUUCCAGGCUUCCCACAGGUACCCAAGGGCCCACCAUCUCCACUGCACACCCUCUGGGCAGACAAUGUCUUAGCUGCAUCCCCCUUUCUCCAGGAGCACAGGUAUUCAAACAGGAGCAGGACCCUAAGGUCCUUGCGCCCCAUUCCCUACCAUGUACCUGCCUGACUUCUGUCUGUGGAAAACUUUAG